GGCGUUACCGUGCUUUCGAGAAUUGUGAUAUACUGGCUCCGGUGGCUGUUUAUCAAUGAAGUGAAAAUUUGCGAGCGUGGGAAUUGAGCUGCCAAAAAAGUUAUUGGCAAACCAAAAGAGUGUUUGAUUUUUUUUUAAUCAAAGAAAGAUACUGGAAUUAUUCACUACAGAUAAGAUCCUGAAUGAUGUUGUUUUUCCAGAAAUUGAAAUGAAUUAUGGAAACCAACCUGAAUUGAAGCACGCGUGGGUAGCUGAAAAAUGGACAAAGUCAGGUGCGUCCACGUGUGAGCACCUACAGAUGUAUCUAUUUUUUGUCAUGGCCUCGCUGAUGGUUGCCAGCUCCCCGGUGCUGGCAUACUUAUCAGCGGGCUUGAAGGACCAACUUAUGUCGGACGUGCUGUUGCGUGAAAUAGUGGACCGCAUGGGGAAAGACAUAACCGAAGCAGCCGAUUCGUACAUUGAUCCCAUGGACGAAUUCCCGGGACGACUGGCGAUGAUGGCACGGGCCACCAAGGAUUUGGAAUCAGAACAGCUCGAUUACGACACGUUGCUCGACGGAAAUCCAAAUCCAUCUCCCCGUGAUCAGGAAUAUCUGCAACACAGCUCGCUCUGGGGUCAUCAGUACGUGUCCGGUGGGGCAGGCGAGGGACCCCAUCGACCGAAGCCACAGGUGAAAUCCGAUGCCAGCUUGCCGGCUUACUGCAAUCCACCGAAUCCUUGCCCAGUUGGGUACACCGAGGACCAGGGAUGUACUUUGGAUUUUGAGAACACAGCGGCGUUCAGUCGGGAGUAUCAAGCGGCGCAGGAAUGUAUGUGCGAUGGGGAACACAUGUUUAACUGCCCUUCGCAGCAACAGAAUGAAGCUAGCUCACAGAUGGAUUCAGACUUAGAAAGUUUUAUCGCACGCCAGUUCCACACCCAAGAGCAUAAGAGCUUGGUCGCAAAGAAGUUCCACGUAAAAAAGAGCUCCAAUCCAUUCCUGGAAGGCGAGAAGCUCCCGAUCGCAGCCAAGAAGGGCUUCAACGUCCAAUUCUAGGGCGUUUCGCUGCUUCAUGCACCAGUAGCGGACCGACAACCCAAAGCAGUGCUCCAGAAGGAUUAAUGACAAAAUUCAGGCACAUUCUGACACGGACUACGGCACAACACAAUACGAAACUAUCUAGGUAUUUAAACGCAUAUAGCUGUACAUUUUCUCUAUAGCUGCUCUAGAAAGCAACAGGAAUAAUCAUCAUUGACAGCAGCAACAAUAUAAACAAAAGUUACAAUGAGCGUAACCUCUACUCAAACAGGUUCCCACACAAACAAAGUAAAUUUCGAACUUUUCCAAUCGAUUGAAGAUUUUUUUUCGACUAAUAUACUUUCCAAACUAGUGUGACAAGCUCCUCAUGCUUAGUAUAGAAGCACUAAGUCUCUGAUGUACGUUUUCUGCAAUUGGAGAAAAUAUUACUUCAUGUGUUCGUUAACAUUUAGCGAAUAGGAGAAUGGAAAAUAAUGUAUGUGUGAUUAUAAUAUUUUUUAUCUCAUUUUCACGUAAAUAACUAAUAAAUUGUGGACGUUACAAUGAAAAAUUUUGAAAGAUAUCAUAGGACAGAUCCUUUUGUUGAGGAAGAAUCAUAUUUUAGAAUGCCCCAAAUUCCACGAUUCUUUGAAGAUAAUAAUAAUAGGAAGAUUGAGGCUCCUAUGGUCAGCAGCUACAAACAAUAAGAUGGACAAAAAUGAAGUGUUUAUCUAAAAACGUGAAUUAGGAUUUGAAACCGAAUACGCGAGCGCUUUUUCUUGGUAGGUGCAUAGGGGCUGCAAGUUAGAUUUGAAUCGAUAGCUGCGAAAGCUUUUUGCUGAAGUACGACUGAAGCUUUCUUACUGAUGUAUGCUUUCGGCGGCGUACAUAUCAUGAGAAGUCGAACAUAACGAAAUCGAUGAAAGACGAAAGUCGACUUCCUCUCUUGGGAUGGCUAGGCUUUUGAGCUGCUGAUGUUUUUAGGAUGCUGCCGAAGGGCCAGUGCAUUUUGGGAAAGUUUUCAGUGUAUCUUUCUCGGUGAAUGUAUCAUAUGAAUUCCUUAGAGCAUGAUAACUAAUGAAAAACAGAGAAUAAUCCCAGAAAAUCGGGAAGCUGUAAAAAGCUUUAGUGUAAAGUUUUCCUAUAAAAACUAGAAAAUAAAUAUACGAAUGAGGCAUUUAUUUUAACAAGAUACUUGAACUACAUGUAAUGUGUGUGAAACACAAUUUAAUUAUUUUGAACAUUAUCGCGAUGAAGUGAACAACAACACUUCAUUCGGACACAGAGAAAUAAGAGAACAAACCAUAUGGUAAGCGAAAUAUUAAACAUCUUGUUCGAAACCAACAGAGAAUCACGACCACAACCAAAACAACCGAAACAGACUAGAAAUUUGACUAUAACUUCUUCGCGCGAGUGUGUAUGUUUGGAGCAUUCUGGCCUCUGGUUCGCGCUCAUCGAGCAUAAAUAUAAUCAUCGCUAGGAUCACUCAACUCGUAGAACUACUGGCGCGAACCAAGGGCUAGUCGAAAACGUACGAAUCAUAACAGUGAGAGGUGAAUAAAAUAUUAACUUUAGGCAAUAAGGAAUGGCUUUGUCGAGUGAAGCACUUUGCCAGGAAAAGUGUUUUUAACAACUUGUGGCAAACACUUAGACAACUAAUACCGAUACGGAAUCAUUCUACUUAAUAAAGAGACAAUAUAGAGGCAGCCAAAAAUGUAUGAUGUUCAUCAGAAAGUGUAUUACUAUUUAGACAAAUUAUCAACCAACAUCUGUGCUGUAAAAGGCGUAAUAAAUGAAGCUGCAAGCAAAACUGAAUAACCGAUUUAAUCAACCAAUCAAAUGACGUGACAAAACUGUGCAUCGUAAACAUCUGGCAAGAUCAACUGCAAAAGAUGUUAAGCUUAUUAAAGUGGACAGCAACUACUUGGGUGUAAUAAAACAAAAUACAUACAAACACACACUUUAAAAUAUUAUCAAAGUAUUUCGAAACAAACCUUACGAGACGAUUACAUUAUUUCAGACAAUCUUUCCAUCAGUGAAUAUUGUUUAGCAACUUGUUUGGUUCCUUAAAAACACAAAAAUCAAUUCACGCGUGUAAUCGUUGAGCAUAACCAAAAUACAACAAUCCCACAAUUAAUACCAUAUGCUAGAAAUAUACACACAUACGUAUAAUAUAUUUACUGAAACUCUCGUCAAAACACACAAAAUUUUGUCAAUAGAAAUAUAUAUUAUAUUCCAAAAUCUAUCAGAACAUAUGAAUAAAAAUGAGUGUAGUAUUUCUGCAGGCGAA